AUUUAUUUGUUUUUCGCAAUACACGAGCGUUCGGUAGUAACGGACUACUGUGCAUUUUAGAUGGAUUACGUAAUCGGAUUACAAAAUUCAACAGAGCCUCGUGUGGAGAUGGAGCGGCAGCCAGCAUUUGAUCAUUGGAUGUUUAAACAUCAUUUCACUUUCAAUGAGGCAAGAGGGAGAAACAUCACUGUCCAAUGCAACCUCUGUCUUCCAAAAGUCAACAUUUUAUCCACUGCAAGGGACUCCACAUCUAAUCUAAAGAAGCACUUGGAGAGAAAGCAUGCUGAGCAUUAUAGGAAGAGCCCAAGUGGGGAUGGACCAAGCGAAUCAGGACAUGAAGUUAAAGGACCAUCAGAUAAAAAACAUGCUAAGAUGGAUCACACAGUUUAUAAUUACACUACACAAUCAAAAUUGAACGCCCUGGUUUUUAAUUUUAUCGUAGAGGAUGUGCAACCCAUUUCAAUUCUAGAACAACCUGGGUUCAGGAAGUUGAUCGAAGUGUUAAGCAGAGGCAAAAAGGUCAUGAGUCGCAAGACUUUUGAUUGCAGACUUGAAGCAGGGUUUGAUAAAAUGAAAGAGGAGCUGAAAAAGAAACUCGACUCAGUGCAGUCACUAUGUACAACUGCUGAUAUAUGGACGGUGAAUAACAGAAGCUAUUUCGGAAUGACUUGUCACUGGCUUGAGGACAAUCUUGAAAGGAGGUCUGCCGCUCUUUCCUGCACAAGAAUCUAUGGCAGGCACGCUUGUGAAACCGUAAUAGCGAAGAUUCAAGAAAUUCAUUCUUCCUACAGCAUCGAAAGCAAAAUUCGGGCAACUGUCACCGAUAAUGCCAGUCAUUUUGUGAAGGCUAAAGAGUUCUCAUCUGAAGAGGACUUUGAAGUGGAUGAAAGUCAAUUUGAGGAUUUGGGCAGCAUUCUUAGUGAGGGAGAAAUGGGCGCAGACUUCUUUCUAAGCUAUUUCUUACCACCCCACCAACGAUGUGCUGCUCAAACAUUGAACUUGAUUGCCUCAAAGGAUCUAGCAGAUGCAAUCUCAACUGGACCAACACAUAAAUUGCACGAUAGUUCAAUGGCAAAAUGUGUAGCUAUAUGGCACAAGGCACGAGAUUGCUCUACAGUAGUUGCUGAUGCAAUGGAAUCCAUUGCAAAUGUACAAUUUACGGCUCCUUGCAUGAAUCAAUGGAGUUCAAAAUUCUUUGCUGUUAACAAGUUAAUGUCACUAACUGAUUCACAGCUCACAGAACUGACAGACUUAUUGGACGUCCCAAAUUUUAUGCCUGAAGAAAUAGCAUAUCUAAAAGAAUAUGCAGAUGUUUUCAAAGCAGUUGCUGUGGCAUUUGAUCUUUUGCAGGGAGAAGAAAAUUGUUUCAUCGGCAUCGUGAUACCAACGUUGUUAACCCUCAAAAGGAAGCUCCAGGAGAAGAUGGCAAACACGCACUUUUUCUCUGAGGUCAUUGACCACACCGUCAAGGCUAUUGACUCCCGAUUCAAGCAGAUUAUUGACAGUCCUGAUGCCAGAUUAGCCACAACCACCAUGCCACAAUUUAGGCUGUGGUGGUUACCGGAAAGUGAAAGAGAAGUGUUACGAGCGCAGUUAGUUACUGAGGUUUCACAGUUAGUCUUUGUGCCUGAAACAGCCAACAAUAAUGUUGGCUCAGUUAAUGAGGAUGAAUUCUUCUCAUAUGGACCUGGAAGUUCUGGCAACAGAGAUGGAAACAGGGGAGCAGCCGAAGAGGUAAGGAUGUACCUGGAGGGCACAAACAAAGAUCUGAAAUGCCUCGAUGAUUUUCCACGCAUAAAAAAAGUCUUCAUCAAAUUUAAUACACCGCUAACUUCAAGUACACCAGUGGAGCGGCUGUUCAGCCAUGACGGAAAUAUUAUAACCCCAAAAAGAAAUCAGCUUGCAGAUGAACACUUUGAGCGAGUACUGCUUCUCCGUUACAACAGCAAAAUAUGCUCAUUGGCUCUGGAAUAAUGCAUGGACUGGAACAUUGUCAAUGUUUAUUGCACACAAUUGUAAUGGUUAGAGUUUUGUCAAUCAAGGUGUAGCUAAUGGAGUUGAAGGAUCUGAGCAACCUGUGUAUAUCGAGCUGUGAGAAAGUUUAUUUCUUAUAUUUUUUUUAGUUUCUUAUCAUAUACUAAUUUAUGUUAGUUUUAUAGGCCUAGUCAUAUUUAUGUAUUACCAUACAUUUUAUAUUGUUUUUUUGCGAUGUUUAUCAAUUGUAGUAUAAUAUUAUGUUGUGUUCUGUCAUGUUGAGGUCACAAAACCCCGUUGAGAACUUUUGUUGAACACUGAAUCUGAUUAGACAAGGUCAUAGUUUUGAGAAAGA